GCUGGCAGAGGCAUCGGGCGAAGGAAUCAUCUUUUAGACGCCAUGAGCUUCCUCUUCCUCUUGCUGUUCCUCUUCAUCCCCCUCUCCUACUGCUUAAUCACACUCGUAUUAACUCCACGUCCAUGUAAAGGAACUGCGAAGGUUAGAUCAUUGCCGCCAGGCCCUCCUCCCCUUCCUCUGGUGGGCAACCUUCUCUGGCUUCCACCCUCUUUCUCACGAAUCGGCACUCUCUUCACUCAUCUCCGAGCCGCCUACGGCCCUACUGUCACACUCUACAUCGGCCGCCGACCAGCCGUCUUCAUCAUGGAAGGACACGUCGCGCAGGCAGCAUUGGUCCACCAGAGCUCCGCCUUUGCGCGCCGUCCUCCGCCCCUCGGCACCUCUCGCGCCCUCGGCAGCAACGUCCACACCGUCAAUAUGACCGACUACGGCCCUCACUGGCGCCUCCUCCGUCGAGCCUUCGCUUCCGUGGCUCUCCUACCGGGAGCGCGCCAGUGGGCCCUCGAAGCACUCGUCGACGACCUCACCUCGGCUUCCGUCGCCGCCAGGGAGAACGAAGUCAGCCCCAGCGAGAUAUUCGCGCGGGCUCUGUUUCGGUUAUUCUCGCUGCUCUGCUUCGGCGAGGAGCUCGAGGAGAGUACGUUGUGGGCGGUGAGGGAGGCUCAAGUCGGAAUCAUAAGCCUCGCAGUUAAGCUCAGCGUCUUCAAUUUACUGCCCAAGAUUGUGUUGGUGGUGUUCUGGAGGAGAUGGGUGCAGUUGGUCCGGCUCCGGAGGCGGCUCGAUGAUCUUUUAAUUCCUAUCAUUCGAACUCGCAGCCGAGAUCAACUUGCGGUCCUUCGUUGCAGAAGUAUGCCAUCAUACCUCGAUGCACUCCUCGGCGUCGAGCUCGAGGAGGAGGUACGUCGACGUCGGCUGAUCGAGGAGGAGAUAGUUAAUCUCUGCUCGGAAUUUCUCAACGCGAGCACUGAGACCACCUCCGCCGCGUUGCAAUGGAUCAUGGCCAAUCUCGUCAAGCAACCGCACGUGCAAGAUAAAUUGGUGGCGGAGAUCGCGAGUGUGAUGGGAGCUAACAAAUCAACGAUCGUCGGGGAGGAAGAGGUGAAAGAAAUGGAGUAUCUGAAGGCGGUGGUGCUGGAAGGGCUGCGACGGCACCCGCCGGCGCACCUUCUGCUGCCGCACACGGUGGCGGAGGAGAGGGAGGUGGCUGGGUACGUGAUCCCGGAGGGGGCAGUGGUGAACUUCGCUGUGGCCGAGAUGGGGCGAGACGAAGCGGUGUGGAAGGAGGCGAUGGAGUUCCGGCCGGAGAGAUUUAUGGAGGGUGGGGAGGGAGAGGGAGUGGACUUGACUGGGGUUCGGGGAAUCAAGAUGAUGCCGUUCGGGGCCGGGAAGAGAUUGUGCCCAGGGAUGGGCAUGGCCAUGCUGGUGGUGCAGUACGUGGUGGCGAAUUUGGUGUGGAGAUUCCGGUGGGUGGAGGUGGUGGGGAAGGAGGUGGAGCUGGCCGAAGAACCGGGCCUCACUGUGGGCAUGAAGCACCCGUUUCUAGCUCGCCUGGUGCCAAGGACUCUGUGAAGAAAGGAGAAAAUCAAAAGAAAUUAUAUUUCGUUGCUAUUAUUGUAGUCGAAUAAUCUGCAAGCAUGCAGUACUGCUCAUUUAUGAUACAACCUUAUAAAUAUUAAUUGUGAACGAUAAUUAUGGUGUAUGAUCUUAAAAUUAUAGUAAGAAGACUUAUGGCAACUACAACUAUAUUACCAAAAAUUAAUUACUUGCUAAGAUGAAAAAGUAGGUAUUUUUUUAUGUUAUUGUGAUGAUUCUUUAAGUGGAAUUAUUCAUUUUUUCAGGAUGUA